AUGGCGAAGCCAGACUCCGGGGACAUCCUCGUGGUUAUUCAUGAUUUCCAAGCUCGCAGCUCCGACGAAUUAAGUUUAGCGAAGGGCGACCGUGUAGAAUUAAUCGAACGUGACGACGAAUUUGGCGAUGGGUGGUACUUGGGUCGCCAUAUGGUAAAUGGAAAUAGUGGCCUGUUUCCCGAGGUAUACACACGACCGGCGCCAAAAGGUGUCGCGGCUUCGUCUGGCGUUUCCAAGCCGAUCACGAAUUCGUUGUCAUCUACCAAUGGAAUAUCAUCCGUGGCCAGUCAACCGACAUCGACCACGUCAACCCAGGACCGCACCUCGACUCCACAACUUACUUCUUCCGCUCCGCCUGAGACCAACCCACUAACCUUGCCGUUGAAUUCUGCAAAGCAUGAGGGAAAGAUCACUCCAACAUCCACAGCACCUCUAGUCAGCAAGAGUUUUGCCUACGGUACUGGUAACGAAUUAACUCGCCAUAACUCUCAUCAGAGCCAAGAAAAUCCUGUCCUGCACGAGACUCUCACCGUCAUUGACGAGCAUAUCACCGACCUCCACUCGACUCCACAGAAUGGCGCACUCCACCAUGCAACAGAUUCCGGAAGCGAAUACAGUUCCCACAUGCCAGAUCGGCUAUCGUACAUCCAAGGUGAGGAAACUGACGAGGAAGAGGAGGUAUCACAUACCCGUCCAGAGGUUGAAGCCUGGACAGCCGAUGACGUAGCCGAGUAUCUGUUCACGGCUGGUGUAGAGAAGAAGCAUUGCGAAGUUUUUCGAGACCAGGACAUAUUCGGCGAAGUGCUUCUCGGACUAGAUCAGUCAUCGCUAUUCCUAAAGGCCUUCGACCUGGGCUCUGUAGGGCGGAGAUUGAAGACAUGGCAAAAGAUUAAAUCCUUGCAGGAUGAGGUGAACGGUGUCGUUACUACGAGACGGACCACGCAAACGUAUGGGAGCGAGGCAGGUUCGGAGGAUAUAAUAGGAGGGAGGGUUCGGAGCCGGACAAAUACGUUGACAAACUCUCAGAGAUAUGUUCCGACGGACAGUCGGCCAGGCUCGGUUCACGGAAAGCGGCUGUCGCAAACUGUAAAAUUGGAACAGAUGAGUCCUGUUUCGCCUAAGGGAACACUAGACAGACCGUCAACUAGAGGAUCGCAGUCGCAUCAUAAAAGGCCUUCAGCAGCUUCGGUCCGGGAGCUUCAUCAUUCGCGGCGGCAUUCGUCAACCGACUUUAGACUUGCCCCGCCGGUCGGUGCUGGAACCCCAAAGCUUUCGACCUCAGGAACGUUUCCAAUCGCCGCCGACCAUUCCCACAAAAAACAACCUUCCUUCGACCGUAAUUGGACUAUGGGUUCAGCCUCCACCCCUUACCCGCAACGUCCGUUGUCGUCAACUGGAUUUCAUGAUAUCGCGAAUACCUCCGACACAGACACCACACAAAAUCAAACCCCUGAGCUCGACCGCGGCUAUUUCUCCGGAACUGAGGUCGAUGGUCGGAAACGCAACGUGCUUAAGAAGCGCGAUAGUACCGCCUCACAUUCACAUAAGUCAAGCUACACGGAACAGCAACGGGUAAGAAGUGCAACGGCUAUCGCGAGGCGCUCCAGGUUCGGAAGUAUAGAUUCUACUAGAGAUACGACGCCCCCGAGCGCUGCGCAGAUGUAUUACGGCGUUACUGGCGAUCAUCGACGGACAGCUUCUACGAAUACCACCGAAUCUAUACGAUCUAUUCCUCCAGCUAAGGAUGGGCCCAGCCCAACUGUCACCAAACUUGACGGAAACUCUCCGACCUCGCCGCCUAACCGACAGGCUGUCCAUGGCGAUUGGAUGUCGAAUGCCGGAAGUAAGCUUGGUGGUUUGAGGGCGAUCUCAGAUGCUAUGAUUGGUAACUCGAAACUCGGGUCGCCUACCAAUUCUUCCGCACAAGAUUCCCCUAUGAGGUCACCAUCAAGAACCGGAUCUAGUACACCCUCAGGCGGUCCCAGUUUCGAAAUCGAUGUUUCGGAGAUUGGAAAGAGCCCAUACUCCACCAUGACCACCACCACUCGCAAGAACGCGAAAAAGACGAAGAAAGAAACUAGUGCCUACCUGCGUGGGUUACUAAAGAUCGGUCCUCGCGAAGCAAUCAAGGAUGCAGACUAUAGUGGGUGGAUGAAAAAGAAGAGCUCGCAUCUUAUGACAACGUGGAAACCGCGGUUGUUUGUACUUAAAGGACGACGCCUUUCAUAUUAUUACUCGGAAGACGAUACCGAAGAGAAGGGCCUCAUCGAUAUUUCGUUCCACCGCGUGCUCCCAGCUGACAACGAACGGCUCACCGGGCUUCAUGCCACUCUGACGGGUGCUAGCAACACACCGAUCAUGCCAGCUGAUAGUAGCAUCCCUACUCUCGCAGACAAUGUUACCAUUUCCCCUGCCGAAAAGGGUCUCGAUGCGAUGUUCAUAUUCAAGCUUAUGCCGCCUCGAGCUGGGCUUUCUAAAGCCGUUAACUUUACGAAGCCUACCAUUCAUUAUUUUGCCGUUCCCAAUCUUCAACAAGGCCGAACUUGGAUGGCAGCCUUAAUGAAGGCCACAAUUGACCGUGAUGAUACCCAACCAAUGACAACAACAUACCAGCAAAAGACGAUUUCGCUUACCAAAGCACGCGCUAUGCGACACCGGCCGCCUGCCCUAAUGAAUCUGGACGAGAAGGUCGAAGAGGGUGUGAAAGACGAUGAGAAGAAGAACGGCCUCGGCAUCUCGUUUGGCGAGGUCGAUAGUGCAGUUUCUGGUCUCGAGAAGCUAGGCCUUUCAAAGGUUGAGAGUGCAACAACUAAGACAUCGGCAUCUGAGAACGAAAAGACCGACAGCAGCCUCCCUUUCUUAGCAUCGCCACAAAGCGCCUAA